ACACAGCGUCAGCUACCUAUCUAGUAGUGUUAUUGCCAUUUGCCGCUAAUAAAAAUAAUUUUUAUUAGCUAAACUAUGAGAAUAUAGUUUAUUUAACAAAAAUGGCACCAAUUACAUUAAAAGUGGAGAAUGAAACAGAAUCAUGUUCCGUGUGUGGAGGUGGCGGUGAUCUGUUCACUCCUGAAGAACACGACGCGGGCGCACCGCCGAUGCAAGUUCCCCUGCGGGCAAUGCUCUUGCACAUAAACAAUAAUAAGGUAGUUCCUGAAGGUAAAUUAUGUGUAAGCUGCGUUCGUCGUGCAAUAGAAGCUUAUGAGUUUAGUACGGCAUUGAGUACCCGAGCAAUGCCUCCUUUAAGUGAAAAAAUUCGGGCUCUACGAAGGAGACUCCACGAGCUUACCCAGAAAAUAGACGUAUUUAUAGUUGUAGGUGGUCCCGGUGUUAAUUCGGGAGGAGCUUAUAGUGAGGAUGAUAUUAUAAUGGUGGAACGAGAUGCAUUGGCAGCAGCAGCUGCAGCUGAUGAUGAAGAUCUUGAAAAGGCAAGAAAUGCUUGUGGAGAGGCAGUAUAUCAAUGUUCAAUAUGCCCUAUGUCAUUCCAGCAAGCCAGCGAGUACCGCGCACACAUCGCCAUCCACCCGGGCGGCGCGCGCCACUCGUGCUGGACGUGCGGCGCGCAGUUCAACAGCCGCGACGCGCUGCGCGACCACACCACGCUGCACGCCGCCGCUCUCAGCCUCGUCUGCCAGCUCUGCAACGUCACGUGCCACAGCGGCGCGGAGAUGCGGCGCCACGAGGCGAGCUGCGCGACGUGCCCGCUGUGCGCGCUGCAGUGCCCGUCGCGCGCGGCGCUGGCGGCGCACGCGCGGCGCUCGCACGGCGACGAGCCGCCGCUGCUGUGCGCGCUGUGCUUCCGCACGCUGGACGACCGCGCGGCGGGCGCGGCGCACGCGCUGGCGCACCGCCAGGCCGAGCGCUUCGUGUGCGGGUACGACGCGUGCAUCCUGCGCUUCGCGAGCCGCGGCGACCUGCUGGCGCACAUCCGGCGCAGCCACGCGCGCGCCGAGCCCGCGCCCGCGCCCGCGCCGCCCCCCCCCACGUGCGCGCACUGCGGCCGCACGUUCGGCUCCGUGGCCGCCAUGAAGAGACAUGCGCGCGUGCAUCGAAAGGAGAUUCAACAGGAAUCCGAUUGGCAGAUAGAGGGUGAGGCAUUGGAAACCUUGGACGCCAUGGAAGGGAUGGAGGUAUUGGAAGGUGACGUGGAGUAUCUUGAAGUUGAAGCCCUUGAUGAAUUUGAGUAAAUAAACUACAUAUUAAUAUGUACUAAUAGUGCCCUGCGAUUAUCAUUACAUACUAAGUUCAUGCCUUUAAAUGAUCCUCUUUAUCUCACAGGAGACCAGGCUUCCAUAAAUAAACCCCACAGUAUAUUAUAUGAUUCGUAUUACUUGACAAAGUGACCUUAUGACCACAGGUCAUAGAUAAUAAGUGCACCAGCCUAUAGACCAUAUAUAGUAGAAAAUGCUUGUAAUUUGUAGUUAAAAAAUAAUUUUGUUGCAUUAUGCAAGACCUCGCUACAAGUGUGUGCACAGCUUCUCACAUCAACUGUGCGAAUUUAUGGACAGAACACACUGAUCGCGACGCAAGACUAAUUUUUUAAUAUAUUAUCGUGCUGUACGAAUAUUAUUUGUGAAGUUUCAUGAUAACCGUGAAUGUCUACAUUGAUACAAUUUUCAACUCUAAACAUAGAUAUGUUUCGGGUCUACAUUCAGUUAAAGUAUGUUUCGAUGUUCUUUAUAAUUCUUAUAAUACUCCAUCCCAAUACGUGGCUCGGUCGCGUAGUUGUGUUGAAUCCUUUACUGUCUGUAGUAAAUUUGACAGUUGCCAAGUCGAGAGCAUCUCGAAGUAGAUAAUGUUUCUGUGUAUAAAUGUCAACGCAAACACGUUAUUUAGUCUAUUGAAAUGUAAGUUAAGCGGAAUUUGUGUUAUUUUGAAAUAAAUAUUACUAUA